AUGAGUGGGAAGAUAUCCAGCGCUUACAAGUUUGUCAUCUUCAGCCUUGCAAAUAUCAAGCGCUUUUACAAGCUCGUCAUCUUCAGCCUUGCAGAUAUCCAGCGCUUUUACAAGUUCGUCAUCAUCAGCCUUGGGGAUGGCCAACGCUUUUACAAGCUCGUUAUCUUCAGCCUUGCAGAUAUCAUGCGCUUGUGCAAGUUCGUCAUCUUCAGCCUUGCAGAUAUCCAGCGCUUUUACAAGGUCGUCAUCAUCAGCCUUGCAGAUAUCCAGCGCUUGUACAAGUUCGUCAUCUUCAGCCUUGCAGAUAUCCAGCGCUUGUACAAGUUCGUCAUCUUCAGCCUUGCAGAUAUCCAGCGCUUUUACAAGGUCGUCAUCUUCAGCCUUGCAGAUAUCCAGCGCUUGUACAAGGUCGUCAUCUUCAGCCUUGGGGAUGGCCAACGCUUUUACAAAUUCGUCAUCUUCAGCCUUGCAGAUAUCCAGCGCUUUUACAAGUUCGUUAUCUUCAGCCUUGCAGAUAUCCAGCGCUUUUACAAGGUCGUCAUCAUCAGCCUGGGGAUAGCCAACGCUUACAAGCUC